AUGCUUACAAGUCAGGAUGUGGUUUUUCAUGAAUCCACGUUCCCUUUUCAGUCAGAGACCUCCCAACAGUUUACUUGGGUUCCUGGCACUGUCUUCCAGCGUGCCCCUGAUGAUCCGGAUGAUGAGUUGGUCUUGGGCGACAGCAGUCCCACCUUCGGGCCGCCCUCUCCUUCUCAUGGGCUUUCUGCGUCCGCCCCACCCGUCCAGCCGGAGAAGAGGGCAUGCGUGCCUUCCUCGGCCCAGCCCGCUUCUGGGCCCAGCCGCUUUGGCCCAGUUUUGCCCAGCCGCACUGGUCCAGCUUCGCCCCAGCCCAUCGCCUCUUCUCGAGACUCUUCUAUCUCUCGCUGA